UCCAGAUUUAAACCAGGACUCAGUCAGAUCUCUGAACUCCAGGACUCAGGACUGAAGACUCCAGAUGGCGUUCAGCGUGGAGGAGCGAGGACGACCCUACACCACCGACUACCAAGUCUACUUCAAAAAUGCAGAGGGGAAGUACAUCUCUCCAUUCCACGACAUCCCGAUGUACGCAGAUGAGGCUCAGAAUGUUUUUCAUGCUGUUAUUGAGGUUCCACGAUGGACAAAUGCAAAGAUGGAGAUCGCGACCAAAGAGCGUCUGAACCCUGUGAAGCAGGACACGAAGAACGCUAACCUCCGAUACGUGGCCAACGUUUUCCCACAUAAAGGAUACAUCUGGAACUACGGCGCUAUCCCACAGACCUGGGAGGAUCCAAACCACAAAGAUGAAGCCACUGGGUUCACUGGAGACAACGACCCCAUCGACAUCUGUGACAUCGGAGAAAAGGUGUGCUCCAGAGGUCAGGUGAUCCGGGUCAAGGUUCUGGGGACUCUGGCUCUCGUCGAUGAAGGAGAAAUGGACUGGAAGGUCAUCGUGAUCAACACUGAAGACCCCCAGGCCCACGAGUUCAACGAUAUCGAGGACGUGCGGCGGUUGAAGCCUGGAUACUUGGAGGCCACACGUGAUUGGUUCAAACGAUACAAAGUUCCAGAUGGAAAACCAGAAAAUGAGUUUGCUUUUAAUGGAGAGUUCCAGAACAGGGACUUUGCCAUUAAAACUGUGAGAAACACUCAUUCUUUAUGGAGAGCCCUGAUCACAAAACAGUCCGACGGCGGAGACUUGAACUGCAUCAACACAACUGUCACAGACAGUCCUUUCCGCAUCUCGGCCGCAGAAGCAGACGCCAUCGUCAAAUCGGCCAGUCCUCUGGGACCUGCAGAACCCGUCCCCAGUUCAGUUGACAAAUGGUUCUUCUACGAAAAAUAAGGCGAUGUGGAGCUGGAACUUUUGCCUUGUAUUUACUCCAAAAACCUGAAUCUAUAAAAACACUGUGA